GUGUCUCUGUCUGUGUCUGUGUCUGUGUAUUUCUCUUUGUGUGUGUGUGUGUCAUUUGGUCAUUUAUUCUUCCCAGAAGAGACCGAGUAUUGCCCUCUCUUCAUAUCCUUCUCAGUGCCACAAUGGACAGUCUGACGCCUCUGCACCGAGCAGCGGCCGAGGGGUUAUUGGAGUGUGUGCAGGCCCUCGUUGAGGCCGGAGCUGACUCACACCUGAAGGACUCCAAUGGACACACACCUUUGGAGAUGGCAACAAUGUGGUGCCACCGUCAGGUCGCUCGGUUCCUGAAGGAUGCCAUGUGGCAGAAGGCUAAAAAGACAGAGGUGACACAAAGACAGAAGCUGCAGAGGCUAAAAGAGAGUCUACAGUUCUGGCACCAUCUCGACGAGUGUAAAGACAAGUUUGUCAGACAGGAUGUGUCCAGGGAGAGGGUGACAGCCUGGGCCAAACAGAAGAGCGUCCCUCUCCAGUGGGGACCAGAGAGGGGCGCAUGGCUCCUCAACCACGUCCAGUGCACCUCUAAUGACCCUCCACCCGCCAAAGUCAAGGAGCGCAAGGGGCGACCAAAGCCUACCCGGGAGGCCUGGAACGUUUCCCCGAACCCCAAUAAACCUCCCAAAGCCUCCGUAAGCCGAUCUCAGGAGGUGCGUACCAGCACCCGCCCCCGAACGGCACCACCUACGCCAGACUUGCGCCGGAGCGUCGCGUUGACCAGAGAACCAAGCGGUCGCACCUACUACAAGGCAUGCUGGGAGGAUGAGCCCCGACCUGCCCCUGACCUGCCCCUGAAUGUCCUGAAGAGGGAGCUCUUCCCGGCUGACUUCCCCUCACGCCUGAGCUCCCCGCUGGACUUCCAGAGCUGCUCUGUGCUAGACCUGCCCCACUUUUGUCCCUCGCCAGACCCCCAAGCCUCCCCUUGGACUGAAAUCGCCAUGCACCUUGUGGAGGAGCUCCAGCCAGGGCAUUACUAGGGAAGGACAGCUGGGAUCUUAAGUCUCGUCCUCAUCAUAGGUCUCCUAAAGGUGGCACCUUUCAAGGGAUUAUUCACUAGGGAAUGACAUUUCUGACAAUAUCUAUUUUUUCAAGUUUGAGCCAGUUGUCACUCAUGUGGCGGUUGCUCAUCAAUCCAGCACAAACAGGUAUAGCCAGCUUUGUUCGGUUACAAUGUGCCUUUAGGGGUUCUUCUUUGAGAGCAAGGGUUAAACGUAGAACCUUCAAGCUGUGAGGCAAUGAUGAUGGAGAACCAUCCUAUAUUCUAGACGGAGAAAUAAAUAGUGUCUCAUUAUGCUAAGGAAUGUAGAGUAAAUGCUUGUGGGGAUGGGUUUGUGUGGCCUGCUACACAGCCAUGAAUUUGACAGAAAUAACAGAUAUCAGGUUAAGCGGAUACACAGAGAUAGAAAUCAUCUAUUAGAACACAAAUGGAAAAGGAGAAUCAAUUGAUCUUGCUUGGCCUCACCACAUGCUAGACUGAAGACACCAAGCAUACAGUGCACUUCUUCCUUCCUGACCAAUCACGAUGCAUGUAGUAUCUGCACAAAAGCUCUUUUCAGAAAGGCAUAUGUUUGCCCGGUGAUGUGCACACAACACACAAUCUAAAAACAACAACAGAUCUAUGCAGGUAAAUAUGAAUUGGGAUUGAAUCUUACAUGCUUCCCAUGGGGACUCCAUGUGAAAUUCCAACUCAACUUCCACAGGCACCAUCAGCCAGUCAGACAAGGCAGGCAUGUUAGUCCACACUGACAACAGACCGCGUGUUAGUCCACACUGACAACAGACCGCAUGUUAGUCCACACUGACAACAGACCGCAUGUUAGUCCACACUGACAACAGACUGCAUGUUAGUCC